CGUUUAUGGGUUGUGGACGGCGAGAAUCAAGACUGCUGCGAAUAAAACGAAGAAGAAGAAGCAGCUACUGCUGGGUGUGCUGUUGUCCGUGCCCGCCUUUGCUGCCUUGCUCUUCGCCGCCAUUGCCCGCUUCCACAAAUUCAUUGACGCCAAGGACCAGCAGAAGCUGGAUCGGCUUCGAGCAGAGAGGAACAAGGCCAAGAUGGGCCACUCGAGGGGAAGCCACCACAACAUGCAAAAGCUCCUCCUCACCCACAAUACCCAGGAGUCUGAUUCAGAAUCUUGUGCGGAAGCAGCAGCUACCAAGACAGCAAGCCACUCCAGAUUGAGCUUCCAUGUCGGAGACGAUGACUGAAUGAACAAUCUGAAUCUUUCUAUCUUAAUUCUUACUAUGUGAUUGAUGUCCUGAAACUUGAUGCUACUCUGUAACCUCUACGUUUCUAUUAAUGGAAAUGGGGGAGCUCCAUGCUCUCCUAGUUCAAACAAAAAAGAUCGUAUGUGAUUGAUGCAUGCAUUCGUGCAUCACUUCUUUUACUCCUACAAUUAACUUCCUCUUUGAUUUUCUAUGUACCGUGCCAUCUUCUAGUGAUUGAUCGUGCCUAAUUUGCACAAACCAGAAAUUAAUAUUCAUGCAGAUACCCUGCUCUACGUUCAUCACCCAGUUCAGAAAUAUGAAAAAUCUAUUUAGUUGAUAGAUGUAACAUAACAAAACUAUAUAAAACGAGAGUACAAUUAGAGAAAUAUCAACUUAACCAGAGUAUCGGACCUAACCAAGAAAGUCCUAUAUGACUCUAAACAGCGACACAGUUGUAGGAUCGAAACGACUUGUGAUGCAGCCAGCGAGGUCGAAACGGAAUCGGACUACAUACUCCACUUGUGUAUAAUAAGAUUUCCUCGAUACAGGCUAGGCGGGGCAGGGAGUAUCUUCUUCGGAAAGAAAAAAAAAGAUGGAGGCGGAUGAGCAGCAGCAGCGCACAAGCACAAGAUGGAAGGGGAGGAGGAAAACUCUAGUUUUGGUGGUGGAAGAAGAGAAGAGGAUGGAUUGCAUCACCACCUACCUCUUGUUCAACAUUAACAUCAAGGACAUGUUCACCCACGACGACGAGUGGACAGUGUUGAGACCCUUGCCCCGCCCCAUGGCGCAGAUGGACACGUUGCGGCGGCUCGCUCUCGAGUACCUCAACUUCGCCGUCGUCGCCUCCAACACCAUUGUUGGGGUCAGCAACCGCAAGCGCACUGUCCUCCUCGACCUCGAGUGCGACGCCACCGCCGACGUGUUGUCGCCUGGCCCGGAGCUUCCGGAAGAGAUAAUAGGCGGCACGGUCCUCAUCCCGCUGGGAACCGGAGUCUACGCCAUCGGCAACCGCCCCUGCAGGAGAUCCCCUACCUUCCAGCUCCUCCUCCCUCCAAGCCGACGAGUCUCAGGGCGCCGCCGCGCGAGCUCUGGGGCGGCACGUUGCGGGGAUGGAUGGGCGCCGGCGAGCACGUGUGGGUGUCGGAGCGGGACACCGGCCUACUCCUUCGACACCCGUGGGGGUGGGGUGGCGCAAGGAGGGCGACUGGGAGCUCCCCAUUGAUGGGCGCGGCGUGUUCGUCCCCGAGCUGGGCCUCUGCCCACGCCUGCGCUGCCUCUGCGCCUUCGACCUGCCCACGGCCACGGCGCCCCCGGUGGUCCGGUACGUGUGGCCGGAGACGUUCUCUGAGGAGUUGAACGCCAUGGGGGUGCGUGCUGGUAACCCCUGGCAGCUUGGCCUACCUGGGACCAUGGGCAUCCAGCACGACCACCGCCGUGUGCCCACGCGCUUUGCCCUCUUGCUCAUCGCCGUCCAACUCCAGCGAGAUGAUAAGGAGGAAUUCUGCCUUGUCAGUCGCAAGCUACGCUGCUACGACUUGCCCGCCAAUGCAAAAAAAUGCCUACCUGCUGCCUACCUAGCUACCGUACGACUACUUGUGACUGUUGGAGCUGAGGUAACCUCAAACAAGCUGACUCACUGGUUUGCCCGCCAGAUGAUCAGAUUCAUCUCACAGUGCACCGAGCUGGCGCGUGAUCUCGUUGCGCUAGCUCGGAUUCGGGUCGACGUGGAGGGCGGGACCGCGACCAAGGAAGGCACCUCGUCGCCUAGCAUGGCGACGCAAAACCUCAUGUUCACGAGUCCACGCGCGGCCAAAACUGGGAGAGGCGUCAGCACUGUGGGGUGCGAUUCUUCCCCGCCCGUGACCUCGCACCAAUCGAGGGGGGAGAAAUCCCCGUUGUGCCCACAAAAAUUCUUCUCCCGCCACAACCAUUCUUCCUCCCACCACCGAGCCAAGAAAAGACAAGAAAAUCUUGGGGAUUGA